UCCGUGGCUCGCAGUCGCCAGUACCGCGAGGCGAUCUCGAAAAUGAGGAACUUUUUAAAGUUCCUUGUCAUCCUAAACUUCGCGCUCGCGUUCGCGCAAAGCUGCCCGUCGAAAUGCCAGUGCGUCCGGAAUUCCGUGAGGUGCCUGCAUCAAGACCUUCAGGCAGUCCCGAAAUCGCCGGACGACGCUCACACACUCGACUUGCGUUUUAAUCGUAUCUACGAUAUCGCACCGGGUGUGUUCAGCCAUCUACACCGGCUUCGCUCACUCCUCCUGAAUGACAACCAACUGGGAGAGCUGCGAUCCGGUGUCUUCCACGGUUUGCGUCGUCUGAAAUACCUCUACCUCUAUCGAAACCGCAUCCAGCAUAUCGAAUCUGAUGUAUUCCACGGCAUGCCGCAUUUGGAACAAUUGUACCUCCAUGUUAACGAAAUACAUCAAAUUCAACCCGAAACCUUUUCCAACCUACCCCGACUCGAACGAUUAUAUUUGCACAACAAUAACUUAAAGACGGUCCCCCCUGGCUCGUUCCGGGGUAUGCCGAAAUUACAUAAGCUUCGUUUAGACAGCAAUGCCCUGGUUUGUGACUGUGCUAUGCUCUGGUUUGUUCGUAUGCUUGCUGAGCACAGCGAAAUGCACAUUGCUGCCACUUGCUAUGAACCCGCUGCUGCUACUGGAACAUCCCUUGCAACUAUGAAAGAGAAAGAUUUCCACUGCCGACGCCCCGAAAUUAAAGUUGAUCCUGAAGACGUUAUAGUUACUUUUGGCGAAGACGCUAUGUUUACCUGCAUCGCUAAUGGUGAACCUGAACCUGAGAUUGUUUGGCUCCGAGACUCUGCAGCAUUACCUGAUGAUAAAUCUCGAUACGAAGUAAUGGGUAACGGCACACUGAUGGUUCAUAAUGCUGAUGAAAACGACGUUGGAGUGUUCGAGUGUUCUGCUAAGAAUCCAGCAGGCGAAGUACGAUCUAAAUCAGCUCGAAUGAUCGUCCAUAGUAACCCAGAUGACAAAGGCUACCCAGUAUUUACCACACUACCGAGGAAUUUGGUGGUUAAAAUAAGUCAAGCUACAGCCCGCUUUGAUUGCAUAGCGAAAGGAAAUCCUAACCCUUACAUUUCUUGGUACUUUAACGCCGAGAGAAUAUUACUAAGCGAAAGAAUUUCUAUGCUACAUAACGGUUCUAUAGUUAUUGAGGAGAUUCAACACGAGGAUGCAGGAUUGUAUACAUGUAGAGCAGAAAAUAUCAAUGGAAAAAUAACUGCAUCAGCCAAACUCGAAGUCAUGGUUGCUCCCGCUCUUAUAAAUGUGCCAACGGAUCAAACUAUUAUGAUUGGUGAUACUGCUCAUUUCACGUGUACAGCCAGAGGAGCACCUAAACCUAUUAUAACUUGGUAUAGGAAUACAAUGGUCUUGCCACCAAGUAAAAAUAUACAACUUACAAAUGAUAAUCAAAAUUUGACAAUAAUUGAAGUAACUGAAGAUGAUGCUGGCUUAUAUCACUGCAGAGCUGAAAAUUCUGAAGGCCUUACUGAAAUAUCUGCUAUAUUGAAAGUGGAAACCUUACAAAUAGUUCCACCUAAAAUAUUAUUGCGACCGGAAGAUACAGAUGCCUUCGAAGAAACUAUAGUGCAAAUGACAUGUGAAUAUGAAAGUUAUCCGCCGGCUACAAUUCAAUGGAGGAAAGAUGGAAACCGUGUUACACCAAACUACAGGAUUAAAAUAACUGUUAUUGGUAGUUUGAUAAUAAAUAAUAUAACACUUACUGACGCUGGUCAUUACGAAUGUACUGUUUCGAAUGAAUAUGGUCGAGAUUCUGCUUCUUCAGUUUUGACUGUAAAAGAUCAUGUCCUACCAGGCGACGAAUAUAUCAAUAUAGCUCUUACAGAAGCAACGCGAGACGUUGACCAAGCGAUUGCAAAAACCAUAGAACAAUUGUUUAGCAAUAAAAGUUCGAAUGCCAACUAUCACGACCUUUACAGAAUGGCUAGAUUUCCUAAUGCACCGGCAAGAGAAAUAGCACGUGCGGCCGAAAUUUAUGAAAGAGCCUUAGAUAAAGUGCGACAGUUUAUUCAAUCUGGUUCAACCGUAACUUCAGCCGAACCAUUUAUCUAUGAAAAUGUUUUAUCUCUCAAACACUUAGAAGUAUUAUCUCAAUUGUCCGGCUGUGUAGCACAUACGGAAACCAGAGACUGUUCUGAUAUGUGCUUUCAUACUAAAUACCGGAGUAUUGAUGGUAGUUGUAACAAUUUUGAAAACCCUACAUGGGGUACGUCGCUUACCAAUUUCCGCAGAAUACUAUAUCCUACCUAUGAAAAUGGAUUCAGUCAACCUAUUGGGUGGAAUAAAAAUGUUAAAUAUAAUGGUCACACUUUACCAAGUGCUCGAUCAGUAUCUUUAUCUGUUAUAAGUACCAAGGAGACAUCAGAAGACAUUUAUCUUUCACAUAUGGCAAUGCAAUGGGGUCAAUGGCUGGACCACGAUUUAGAUCAUGCUUUACCCUCAGUGAGUUCCCAAACAUGGGACGGUGUUGAUUGCAAGAAGACUUGUGACUAUGCACCUCCCUGUUUUCCAAUUGAUGUGCCUGAAAAUGAUCCUCGAGUCACUAACCGCCGAUGCAUUGAUUUUGUUCGAACAAGUGCAGUAUGUGGUUCUGGAAUGACGUCGGUAGUUUUUGGCAGGCUUAACUCAAGGGAGCAAAUUAACCAAGUCACUUCAUUUAUCGAUGCUUCCCAGGUGUACGGUUUUGAAAAAUCUGUUGCCGAAGAUUUGCGUGAUUUAACAAAUGAGAAUGGUACUUUACGUGUUGGAUUGCAAUUUCCAGGGAAAAAACCACUACUACCGACAACUGGCUUAAAUGCCAUGGACUGUAGACGAAACCUUGAAGAAAGUACUCGUAGUUGUUUCGUUGCGGGUGAUAUUAGAGCUAACGAACAGAUUGGACUAGCUGCAAUGCACACAAUUUGGAUGCGUGAACAUAAUAGAAUAGCUGCUGCUUUAAAAACUUAUAAUCCAUUCUGGGAUGGCAAUAAAGUUUACCACGAAGCCAGAAAAAUUGUUGGAGCAGAAAUGCAAGCUAUCACUUACAACAAAUGGUUACCUAUUAUCCUUGGUCGCCAAGGUUAUAAUGAGUUACAGGCGUACAAAGAAUACAAUGCGGAUAAAAACCCUACUGUAUCCAACGUAUUUGCUACUGCUGCUUUGCGUUUCGGACACUCGAUGAUAAAUCCCAUUCUACAUCGCUAUGAUGAAAACUUUGAACCAAUAAAACAAGGUCAUUUACUUUUACGUGACGCUUUCUUUUCACCGUGGAGGCUGGUUGAUGAAGGUGGGGUGGAUCCUUUAAUAAGAGGAAUGUUUACAACACCCGCUAAGCUGAAAACACCUACACAGAAUCUGAACUCUGAGUUGACCGAAAAGUUGUUCCAUACUUCUCAUGCUGUUGCUCUAGACUUAGCUGCUAUUAAUAUCCAAAGAGGUAGAGAUCACGCUAUUCCACCUUACACAAAAUGGCGUCAGGUUUGUAACAUGAGCGAAGUUAGUGACUUUGAUGAUUUGGCUAAUGAGAUUUCGGAUAAAGGCGUAAGGGACAAAUUAAAGGAACUAUAUGGCUCUGUACACAAUAUUGAUGUUUGGGUUGGUGGUAUUCUGGAAGAUCAAGUAAGAGGCGGUAAAGUAGGACCUCUGUUCCGAUGUCUCUUAAUAGAACAGUUUCGGCGAUUACGAGACGGUGAUCGUUUAUGGUAUGAAAAUCCAUCUACCUUCAAACCAGAACAGUUGAAACAAAUUCAGAAGACAAACUUCGCUCGAGUUCUGUGUGAUAAUGGUGAUAAUAUUGACAAAAUUAAUGAAAACGUAUUUUUACUUCCUGGAAUACAACUUGGAUUUAUAGCCUGUGAUGAUUUGGCAUCGAUCGACUUACGUUACUGGAUAGAUUGUGAUUCAUGUGGUGAUGACAGUUACGAUACUAGAACCAAUCGUGUACGCAGGGAUGUAACAAACGAACACGAUGCUCUAUUGCAUGAAGAAGCUCACCGCAUUGACGUACUGGAAGAUGUAAUGUAUAAUGACAUGAAGGAUACAAUUACACAGUUAAAGAAAAAAAUCGCACACCUGGAGGAAACUUGUAUAAGGAAGUAAACUAACUGACAAGUUUUCAUAUAUUUAACAAUUUGUCUUACCUUACUUUGGUAUUAAUAUAUAGCACACUAUAACUGUAAUGGUUAAUGGUUAUAUUCCUAUCUUAGAAUUGAAACUGACUCUUGAUGGAUGUAUUAAAUGUUUACAAAAUAUUUUAAAAAAUACAAAAAAAACUAAAUAAAAAUAUAUAAAAAACCAAAAAAAAUAACUUGGUAUGAUGUAAGUCAUAAUUAUAAAAUAAAAUAAACCAUAAAAAAACUUCUUUUAUCAACCCCUCAAGCUUUAAGUCUUAUCUAUGUGGUCCAACUAAUUAAGAGUUGAUUUUAAUUCCAAACUACAAUCUACGAAACUAUUUAUUAUUGUAUUUACUCUACUCUAAAAGAAUAUUACAUACCCACCUAUAUAUUAUUUACGACCUAGGUACUAUUUACUGACAAGUAGUAGGUUCCGUAGUCAGCCAAGGGACCCCCUUCCAUAGUUUUCUUAUGUAUGAUUUUCUGUCUGUCUGCCUGUUAGUCCGUCUGUCUAACCGUCCGUCAGUAUUGCUCCUUCUUUCCUGUUUUUAUUUUUAUUUACUUUAAUUACAACAGUUGAAAAUAAUUGGAUAGUUAACCAGUAGGUAUCUGUGAGCCUACCGUAAAAACAAGAUUUGAUGCUUCGAAAGGGUCAAUUGUUUAUACGAGUAUGAACCUACAUUAUCAAGUUUUUCAUACAUUCCGUAUUACCUGUUUUUUUUUCACUAAGUUCCCACUACUGGCCUAAGCUUUUUGUACAUUGUACAUUGGUAGGUAAAUUACCUACCAAUGUACAAAGUUGAGCCACACUACAAUAAUUGACAUGAGUGGCGAGUGUAGCACGUGUGUGUUGCAACACCAGUUGUAUCGUAUGCACUGCUUCUACCAUGUCAGAUCUGUGCGGUGUGCGUAGUCUGGCACAGCGUGUGACACUGGAGUUGCAUUUAGCACGGUACGCAAAGUACUCAAGAAUAAAUCACCUGCAAAAUAUAUGCGGAAGCGGAGUGGUAACCUCUCUUAUGAUAGAACUGUUUCUUAAAAAAUAUUGGAAAAUAUGAUAAUAUUAAGUAUAUUUGUUCAGAGCCGCCAGCCACAGGCAAUACAGAAAUUGAUUUAUAUUAUUGCUUUCUUGGAUUGCGUUCUUAUGGCGUGACUAAGUAUUCGUGGGACAACGCAACAACGCAUUCUUCAUUCAAAAUCAACAGUUUUUUUCAUUAAACAUCAACUUUAUAAGUUUAUUUAUACAAGUACAUAUUAUACAGGACUUUAAUUUUAUCUUACAUUACUAAUUUUAUAUAUUUGUUAUA